CUGCGAGAUGAACGACCACAAGGCGACAGUGACCGCUGUUCCCGAAUCCUUACGGAAAGCCGCCAGCUACCUACAAAGCCAAGUUCGCGAUGAUGGCCAUUGGUGCGCAGAAGUCAAAUCAAAUACCACUGUCACGUCCGAAUACAUCACCUUCCUAUACGCCCUCAAACUACCCGUCCCCAAUGGCCCCGAGCCCUGGAUGUCCUGGCUGUUGUCCGAGCAAAAGUAUGAUGGCUCAUGGGGUCCCGCACCAGACAUUUCCGGCGAUAUAUCCGAAACGGUCGAAGCAUAUUUUGCGCUCAAGAUCUUAGGUCUCGACCCCGAACAUCAGGUUAUGAGAAAGGCAAGGAGCUGGAUCUUGGCAAAUGGAGGAGUGGCUCAUGUGCGCAUCUUCACUCGCAUCUAUCUGGCGUGUUUCGGUCUGUUUCCGUGGUCUGCUAUUCCGGAAUUGCCGCCGGAGUUGGUCUUUGUGCCGGCGGCUGCUCCUUGCAGUAUAUAUUAUAUUGCGUCCUGGGCCCGGGCUACUGUUGUGCCUUUGUUGCUGAUCAGUCACCAUCGGCCGGUAUUCACACUGCCUAACGGACGGAGCAAGAAUAAUACGUAUCUGGAUGAGAUUUGGUGUGAUCACGGCGCGAAUAAGAAUGUCCCAUAUUCGGAUAGCCUAUGGUCAAUGGCCUGGCAAUUGAAUGCCACGUCCGUGGCUUGCACCGUCGUCGAUAAAACCCUGCGAUAUUUUAACGGAAUGCGCAACACCCCCUGGCGAGGCGCUGCUCGAAGACGAUGUCUUGAGUGGAUUUUAGAGCGUCAAGAAGAGGACGGCGGCUGGGCAGGUAUUUUUCCGCCGAUGCAUGGAGGUGUCUUGGCUCUCUACCUUGAGGGUCAUUAUAGUACUGAUCCGAAGAGCCCUUUCCAGCGUGGACUUACCGGUCUAGAAGGUUUUAUCUGGACGGAUGAGCGAGGGAAGAGAAUGCAGGCUUGUGUGUCGCCCGUCUGGGAUACCAUUCUUUCGAGUAUCGGUCUGCUAGAUGCUGGGCUUCCCGGGGAAAAUGAAUAUAUCGUCCGCUCGAAUGCAUGGCUUCUCGCACGCCAGGAUGAAGAUCGCGGCACUCAGUCUCCGGGUGACUGGAGAGUUCUGAAUCCGAAUCUGAUCCCAGGCGCAAUCAGCUUCGAGUAUUUCAACAAAUGGACACCUGAUGUUGAUGACACGGCAGCUCUCAUCCUAGCCUUUGUCAAAAAAGAUCCUAGCUCCAUUGACUUGGAUAGUGUGGUUCGAGCCAUCCAAUGGAUUCUGGGAAUGCAAAAUGCUGAUGGAGGGUGGGGUGCUUUCGACCGUGAGAAUAACAAAUUGUUCUUCAACCAAAUCCCCUUCAGCGACAUGGAAAGCAUGUGCGAUCCCUCCACGGCGGAUGUCACCGGACGAGUUAUCGAAGCGUUUGGACUGGUGAUGGAGCAGCACAGCAAGAUCAGUAGGCCCGUUGAAAAAUCCCUGCUCACUCAACAUAUCCGAGAUGCCAUGAAACAAUCCGCCAACCGGGCGGUCGACUACCUCCUCCGCGAACAAGAACAAUCAGGUUCCUGGUACGGCCGCUGGGGCGCCAACUACCUCUACGGCACAAGUAAUGUUCUCUGCGGACUCGCUAAUGCCCAUUUCAUCGAUAACUCACGAGCAGGCCUAGUCAACCAAUCCAUUAAACGAGGCAUCGACUGGCUGGUCAACGUGCAAAACACAGAUGGUGGCUGGGGCGAGUGUCUAGAGACGUACUCACGCCCCGCUUUGGCUGGACAAGGGAAGUCAACGGCCUCGCAGACUGGAUGGGCGCUCAUGGGUAUCCUCACGCUAUUGCCAGUGACGGAUAUCACAGUCAGAAGGGGUGUUCAGUAUCUUCUUUCGACUCAGAGGGAGGACGGGGCAUGGACAGAAAGGGAGUUUACCGGAGUGGGAUUUCCAAAACACUUUUAUUUGGGGUAUGUUUAUUAUCCGCAUUAUUUUGCAAUGAUGGGUUUGGGGAGGUAUGCUUCGCUCUGUGGGUUGAAGGUGUUUGUGGAUGUGCCAGAGUAGGUACUGGGUUGCUCGUAGUAAUAUCAUAUAAUAUAGAGAUUCUCUUAUUCAAAUGCAUGACUGCA